AUGAUCCGGGGGCUUCUAUACCAAACAAGAGACUGGCUGGGCGAUUGGACAAGAAGCGGAAGUAAUGUGUUCGUGCAUCAUGAACUUUACAGAACUAGUCUCCCUGAUUGCAUCAGCGAUGCUUUCACAGCACUGUCUUCAUUUCUGUCAAGGACACCAGAGACCAGUGAGAUGGUGCUCCGGAUUGCAGAGCAGAAGGCCGAGAGGUUAUUGGUAUCUGAGGGCAACAGAAACAAGGCCGGAGACACUCUGAAUAGCCUAAGUCGGGUACAGGCACUCCUGGUUUAUUGCACGAUCCGACUACUGGAUGGUGAUCUGCGCCAACGUCACAAGGCGGAGCAGCAUCUUCAGACCCUACAGGAUUGGACGAAAGAAAUGAUGGGUGAUGCUCUAGAGGCCACGCAUAAUGGAGAUAUGAUUAUUAAGAACCAUCUCACAAAUGUCAGCCCUCAGUAUUUCACAUUACCGCUGCUCCUGGGCCAGUUCUCUCCUGAGCAACUACUGUGGCAUUCAUGGGUACUUUCAGAGUCCAUUCGAAGGACAUGGUGUGUAUCCAUGGGCCUUCAAUCAGGCUACGAGCUGCUGAAGACUGAAUCUGGUCCCUGUUACGGGACCUUACCCAUCACUACAAGAAAGGGACUUUGGGAAGCCAGGUCGGCGUUUGCUUGGACAAAGAUGUGUGCGGAGAGCAACAUUGGCUUUAUGUGCAGGAAUGAUCAUGACAAGGUCAUGGUGGAUAUGGAACCCGGAGAUAUUGACGACUUUGCGUUAUGUAUGAUGGAACUCGAUCUUGGCCCCGACAGGAUGGCAAAAUGGAGAUCUGAACGCUCGGGGUGA